GCGCGUAGGCACAUCAGUGGGCCGCGGAUUACUUUCUAGUUAGAAUGGUGGUCCCUGUGACAAAACCAGUUGAAAACCCCUGACCUACAUGAAUGCAUGUAUUGGGAAUAGAAGGAUCAUUCUAACCAGUGCUUACUGGUCAUGGAGAUAGGGAAAGUAGAAUUGCAGUAGCAGCUGUCAUAUUAUUCACAUUGAUUCGACACAACCUGCUUUCAAAGCAGCUGCUGCCCUUUAUCAGAGCGCUCAUCUGUUUAUUCAGCGUAGAUGCCAGGCGUAGUAAGGUUUUAAUCCUAAUCCACUUUGCAUGUUGUUUUGUUCAAGUGAUCACAGGGUUUGUCCGAGACACCUCUCCCAGCAACUCAUGAGCAUUUUCACCAGUGUGUGUUUGUUUCUGACUUUUGUGAGUGUGUAGCUUCAGGGACGGGACAUGCAAUAGAUUUACAGACACUGGGACAGGUGCGGCUGUGUGUGGGAAGUGGAAAAGUCCCACAGAUGAUUUGUGGCUGGAAAAUCUGCAGGAGAAAAUAAACAACGUGUCUGAGGGAGUGAGAGGAAGGGAUGGAAAAAAUGUAGCAAGGGCAGUGAAAACAAGGGUCAUGGGAAGUGGCAUGCGAAAAUCGGAAUUACGGCUGAAGAAAUGUGACAGAGUGACCAUCUCAGUUCCAGGUGAACAUCAGUUUUAUUCCCACAUGUCUUUACACCUGUGUUUAAACCUAAUGCAUUAUUUGAGUUAACUCACAGAACAUCUGCAUUCUCUAUUCAUUUUACUACGCUCUGUGAAGCUGCCACUGGUGAGUCUGACACAGUAAAUGAAAGCAUUGCAACAUGACAGAGGAAGAGUAGCAUUGACUCUCCUCUUCUCUUUCCCAGCAAUCAGGGCGGCUCUGUUGAUCCAGCGCUGGUACCGUCAGUACGUGGCCCGGCUGGAGGUGAGACGCAGGUGCACGUGGAACAUCUUCCAAUCCAUUGAAUACGCAGGAGAGCAGGACCAGAUUAAGCUCUACAAUUUCUUUGGCUUCCUGAUGCACCACUUCACCCCAGCCAGCAGUGAGAGAAACCUCAUAUCGCACAUCUUUCGCGAGAAUGAAAUCUGCCACCACACAGAGUGGGAGAGGUAUUUCUGCUGCGAGAGCGUCGAGGUGCCAGACAGCUAUGCCGGCCCCCACCUGACCUUCCCCAUGACCUUCUGCGAGGUGUCGAAGCUGGUGGAGGCCUUCAAGCACAAACAACUGCUCCAUGCUCGCUACGUUCUGCAGCUUCUCGGAGAGACCUGGAGACUCCUGAGAAUUCUUACCAACAUCAAUCAUGUCUCCACCUGCCAUACGAAGGAGAUUACCAUAUGCGGAGACUUGCACGGGCACCUCGAGGACCUGCUGUUGAUAUUCUAUAAGAAUGGUUUGCCGUCCUCCGAGAAACCGUAUGUCUUCAACGGAGACUUUGUGGAUCGGGGCAAAAACUCCUUGGAGAUCCUGCUCAUCCUGUUUGGGUUCCUGCUGGUCUACCCCAAUGACGUGCACCUUAACAGAGGGAACCAUGAGGACCACAUUGUUAACAUGAGAUAUGGUUUCACUAAAGAAGUUCUGGGCAAAUACAGGGUGCAUGGCAAGAAGAUCCUGAAGCUUCUCAAGAAGAUCUUCAGCUGGCUGCCCCUGGCCACAGUGAUCGAUCAUAAGGUCCUGGUAGUGCACGGAGGGAUCUCCGACACGACAGACCUCAACAUGAUAGCCAGAGUGGACAGACACAAAUACGUGUCGGCCCUCAGGCCUCCGAAGACGACCCAUCAUGCAGUAAACGGUGGUAAAACCAUGAACAACAAUGACAGAGAAGCUAGUGGUCCAGUGGAAGCCAGGCGUCGAGUGUGCUCUUUUAGCCACCACCGCUCGUCGCCACCUCAGUGGUAUAACCUACCUCGCCGCUCCCUGCACAACCUGCCAAUGAGCCGUCAGCUCAGUUGGUCGGUGGAGGAGGAGCUCAAGAGGAGGCGCAGGCUGGCUGGGUUUGACCAGCCCUAUGGUGAGCUGCAGAGAUCUGACUCUGACCCAGAGUGCAGGGCGACAACAGAGACAGACGAGCAUGAGUGGAAACAGAUAGUGGACAUGUUGUGGAGUGACCCCAUGCCCCAAAAUGGCUGCGUUCCCAAUGAGGUGCGAGGUGGAGGCUGCUACUGGGGUCCAGACGUCACUGAGGAGGUGCUGAGGAGACACAACCUGCAGCUCCUCAUCCGCUCCCAUGAGUGCAAACAGGACGGCUACGAGUUCUGCCACAACCGCAAGGUGCUGACAAUAUUUUCGGCCUCAAACUACUAUGAGGAGGGCAGCAACAGAGGAGCCUACAUCAGAAUGGGUCCUGACCUGGUCCCACACUUCAUUCAGUACCAGGCCAGCCGGACAUGCAGAGAGCUCACCCUGAGACAAAGUGUUGGCUGGACGGAGAGAUCAGCGCUACGGGCCCUGAGGGAACAACUGUUUGUGCAUAAGUCAGAUCUCAUCAGAGCUUUCCAGGAGUUUGAUCCUAACAACACAGGGAUGAUCAGUCUGAGGCACUGGGCCAGUGCCACAGAGAAUGCGCUGAAGCUGGGUCUGCCCUGGAGGGUGCUCCGCCCUCAGCUUGUCAGCAGCACCCAGUACAAUAUGGUAGAUUACCAGCAGUGGAUAAGGGAGCUCUCCAUCACUGAGCCCAAACUAGAGAUAUCUGACACCAGCAUCCUGGAGACUAUGUACAAGAACCAUUCAAACCUGGAAACCAUCUUUCGAAUCAUAGACACAGAUCAUUCUGGUUCGAUCUCUUUCGAAGAGUUUCGUCAGACCUGGAAGCUGCUGAGCUCGCAUCUGAAGACGGAGAUCAGCGGCGAGGCCAUCGCAGACCUGGCCCAGAGCAUCGACUUCAACAAGGAUGGGAGCAUCGACAUCAAUGAGUUCAUGGAGGCCUUCCGGCUGGUGGACCUCUCCUCACAUACCUGAGAGGCUGGACCAGGAGCUGAAGCUGCUGUAGCUGCUGAUCUGCUGCUUUGAGAACUGCCACAAAUACACUGGGACACUCAUCUGUGGGGAUUCAGAACCAGUAGCAUCUCAUCUGUAGCAUUGAGGAGAAGAUGCAGCCAAACCACAGUUAAGCUGAAGAGAAGCAAGAGAAGCAAGAGAAGCCCAAUAACGACACCUUUGACGUGAGGGCACAGCUGAAAGAAGUGACGGUGGACAGAGAGGAGAGUUUGACAGACGUAGUGGAGCUGAUUUUUUAGAGAGGCCAUGUUGAGACAAACCAACAGUCCAGAAGGAGGCAGGAGUGAUCAGAUGCAGGGACGAGAGGGUCCCUGAUCAACUGAAGAGGAAGCUUGUUAAGGGGAAAGCUUCCCGUCGCUCAGUCGGCACUUCACAUUCAGUGUCAGUGGGAACUCCUCCACUUCAUCAGCCAGGAUCUGGAGAAAGUCCCAGCGAAGGAAGUGAUGGAACCUCACUUUGGACAAAUGGAUGCUCUCUCCAAGCAGGAGAAGACGUCACACAGGAUUAUUCUCUAACUGAGAAAAACUGUUGACGUGACAAAGAGUGAGUCCUCCGGACCGACCAGCUGUGGAGCUCCAGACUGAAGGUUCAACCUCAGGCGGCACCAUCCCGCCAGAGCCCACUGUGAAAGUCGUCACAUAGCCGCAACCAAUCAGUGAACAGACUGAACCCACUCUUAUUCCUUAAGCAGGGGAUCAGUCACAGAGCAGGAGAUGGAGACACUGUCUGACUUCAUUACUCACAAAUAUCUUAACAAUGGCAGCAUUGAAGACGCCAGGAACACUUUGAUAGAACAAACUAACUCCUUUGUGCUCCACAUCUAUGUCAGGUCUGUUUUGGAUCAGACAUUCAACUGAAUGUUGACCACAGGGAUCCUGGAGUAGGUGGUUAACAGGCUGGAGGACAGUAUGGAAACAACUUUACAUCGAUGAAGAGGUUCCUGAUAUUCCUGUUCUGCCUCUCUGAGGUGAUCAAGCCUGUGCCUCUUGAGGCGUCUCCUGUGAUGUGUCGUACCUCCUCAAUAAAUCAGCAGAAAUGUAUUCAUGUAUUCAUAUUAUUCAAUUAAGUAAUUUUUAACGCUUAACUGGGUCAAAUCUUCCCAACAUUCAGUUGUCAAAAAUGAUAUUUUAUGCCUUCAGUAUAGAUUUGAUGAGUUUUCACGAUUUUAAGGACUAAAUAGUUCAUUGAGAAAAGUUUUAACUAAAAAGAACAAAAUACUUAAAUGUGGCAACAAAAAUUAGAAUUCACAGCAACGUAUGGGUGUGUUGUCAAUCCAUUACUUGAUAUUAGUUAUUACUGUUAUU